GCUUGGAUGCACACAGACUCAUUUGACUCACCAAGAGGUGAAGGAUCACUUAGUUAUACAGUAUUUUAUUUGUCACGGUUAUCACUGGACACAGUAAGAUGGUUUUGUUCGAUGGCAAGAGGUGCUACUCAGGUAGUGAGGCAGACUUCAGCUCCUCCAGCAGCACAGGAAGCCUGAAGACAAAGGAGAGCCUCAAUUUUAGUUCAGCUGGAAAGAAAGCCCCAUCUCGCAGUCGUGGUGCCCAUAUCAGACCGCUCCCAGUAUUCAAACCAGCAGGCAUCCCAACAACAAACCGCGAUGCAGAGCUCUAUGCUCCCUACAGGACGCCUCCCAGAGCCGCCUCCUCAACCAACAGCAGCAGCUGCAACUCCAGCCCCACAUCCAGCAGAAGAGCCAACCUGGGUCGAUACCACUCCUGUGGAGACAACCAUGGAAUCAGACCCCCGAACCCUGAGGAGUAUCUCACCCCCCUGCAGCAGAAAGAGGUGUCCAUCAGACACCUGAAGACCAAACUGAUGGAGUCCGAAAACAGAGUCCAUGACAGAGAGUCAGAGAUCGAGGAGCUUAAAUCCCAGCUCGGCAGAAUGCGUGAAGACUGGAUUGAAGAGGAGUGUCACAGAGUGGAGGCUCAGCUGUCCCUUAAAGAGGCCCGCAAAGAGAUCAAGCAGCUGCGUCAGGUGGUGGAAACGAUGAAGAGCAGCCUGAUGGAGAAAGAUAAAGGUAUCCAGAAGUACUUCAUUGAUAUCAACAUCCAAAACAGGAAGUUAGAGUCCCUGCUGCAGAGCAUGGAGCUUGCUCAGAGUGGUUCCAACCUACAGGAUGAAAACACCUUAGAUUACAUGUGUGAGAGCCCUGACAGCGGCGGGAAGAAGCUGGAGGAGGAGGAGGAAGAGGUUGGACUGGAGCUGGGAGAACAAGGAGCAGAGGCGUUGGCAGACAGCGGGCUGCUGGUCAACGAUGAGAUGGCCAACAGAGAGGACAUUUUGGAGCAGGUUCUUAUGUCUACUGCUGUGGAUUUCAGUCAGGACUCCAGUGCUAAGCUAAUGGCAGGGCCAGAUUCUGGGCCUGGGGUGUCUGCUAUUUCAGAUGGGGAACAGUUGAUGGAUGAACCUGCUGCACCCCCAGCAGAUCUACCAAACACAGUUUCCACCAGCUUCACCUCAGGCACACCUUCACAGCAGAACACAGAAGAUAAAGGAAUCCAGACAGACAUGAUGCCCUUAUCUUCAGACCUGCAGGCUCUGCUCCUCCAGCUGCUGAAGUUCCACGGGGCAACAACGGGGGAAACAUCAGCCUCCAGCAGCCUUCUGGGCAUCCCAAAUCUUCCCACAACCACUGCCAAUCUCCCCGAAUCCACACCUCCCCCACCCAGCAUGCCAACGCCUGCUCCCCCAGAGAGCCCCGACACCUCCAGCGACUCAGGCAUGUGCUGCUCUGAACCCGCAGAGGUCCACCGGUUCAUGGAGGAGCUUGACUUUGGCGUGUGUGACGAGGUGCCUCCUCUGUCACCGGGUCUGGAUGUGGUCAGUAAGCGCUACUGGAGCAACAGCUUCCUGGUGGAUCUGGUAGCGGUGGCCGCCCCUGUGCUGCCCACAGUGGCCUGGUUGUACUCGCGGCACGGUGUGGACGGAAGCGCUCCGGUGUACAACAUUGCUGCUCUGAUCAGGGGCUGCUGCAUCAUGGGAUUGCACUCGCUUCGUCAAGUCUCUCACAGGCCGGAUGUGUAAAGGCUUCAAUCACGCAUGCACACGCCUAACUUUGAACUAAAGCACUUAAGCAUCUCAAGAGUUUCUGUGAGAUUUGUCGCAUUUUGUUGAGCACUAGACGCAGUUGUUUUGAUUUCCAACACUGUUACUUUGCACUGUACAGUUACCAUGAGUUGAAGCAUAAUGGUGACACGAAAGGGAUUAUUUUUAUUAAUAAGGGUUAUUUAUAUAUUUAUUUAAUAUUUCUAUGUAUAAGCUGAUCAUCUGGGUAGAUGGUUAUGUGUUAUCAUUGUCCUGUGGUGUCCCUAGUUGUCCUUUUGUUUGAUGGCGACUUCUUUAUGUUAGGAGGAGAUUUAACGGAGGGUAAGAAUGAAUGUUCGUGUCUGUUUGAUGGCUUUUGAGACUUCAACUGUUUUUGUUAUUGUUCAAAAAGGAAACCUUAAACCUUCAGCCAAAGCUUUAAUGUGAAUUCACUCUUCUUGUUUGUGCAGAAAUCUAUUUUUUUCCUCCCCAGGAGUAGAGCUUUAUUCAGUACAGCCUGUGUAUUGUUCAUAGAGAUAAGUUGAUGCUUCAAAGCAAUUGACACUUGUUAUGUGCCUGAGCUAUGUGCAAUACUGGUGGUUUACAUCAAAUGUCCUUGUAUCUUUAUUAUUAAAGCAUGAUAAACUCUGA